AUUUGAGCUUCAAAAAUCACUUUUUUAACACAACAAUGGCUUCAAUUCCAUGUACUCUCCACUUAACUUUCUCUUCUUCAAGACCCAAUUUUUCUUCAUCAUGUUCAGUAAAAUUGAAUUCUUGUUUUAUCGGUGUUUCAAAAUUGAAAAGUAUAGGAUGGUGUAGACCAAGUGGAUUAGGGCCAAAUUGUGGUUCAAGAACUACUUGUUGGUUUAAUUUCAGACAGAAUGCUGAAACUGCUGGAGUUUAUGGUAGUCAAUCUCGUGAUGAUUUUGAUAGAGAUGAUGUUGAGCAGUACUUCAACUACAUGGGCAUGCUUGCAGUUGAAGGAACAUAUGACAAGAUGGAGGCUCUUUUAAGCCAAAACAUACACCCGGUCGAUAUUUUACUGCUGAUGGCUUCCACAGAAGGGGACUUGCCAAAAAUCGAAGAGCUACUGAGAGCUGGAGCAGAUUACACAGUCAAAGAUGCAGACGGACGUACUGCCCUUGACAGGGCUGCUAACGAUGAAGUUAAAUACUUCAUCGUUAACUAUAAAGCCCAGAAGGCAUAAGAGUAUCAAGUUUUGUUAUUAGCAUUAGUGUAAGUUUCAUCUUCUCGUUUUCGUCAUAUUUUUUAGAUCAACGCCAUUUUACCAUAUGUGAGCUCUGUUAUGUAUCUGUUUUGAGAGCUUGUAUGUUACGGGCGGGCAUUUUACCUGAGGUUUUUAAUCUAUCCUUGUGUGAUUUAUA